UCCACUACAAUGAUAGCUGCACUAUUCCUCUGUGUUAUCCUAACAGCACUCAUCUGGGCGGCCUUCCUGAGGAGGUGCAGACAGCAGAAUGAGCCGCCCCUGGACUGCGGAUAUAUUCCUUGGCUGGGCCAUGCAUUGGAGUUUGGGAGAGACGCUGCCACAUUUCUAACACGUAUGAAAACAAAAUAUGGCAACAUAUUCACAGUUCAGGUUGCUGGGAAAUUUGUUACCGUACUGUUGGAUCCCCAUUCCUAUGAUAAUGUUGUCCUGGAGUCAAAAGACAAACUGGAUUUUGAGAAAUAUGCAAAAAUUUUAAUGGAAAGAAUGUUUGAUGUCAGACUCCCUGAAUAUGAUGUGGCAGCAGAGAAGGCGAUGCUUAGAUUACACCUACAAAACAAGAGUCUGCCGCAUCUGACAAGCUCAAUGCUGUACAAUCUUUCUGUAAUACUAAACGACAGCAGCGUGUCAGGAACAACAUGGAGGGAAGACGGAUUAUUCAACUUCACCUAUGGCAUUAUGUUAAGAGCUGGGUAUUUAACCUUGUUUGGCUCAGAGUCAUCUCCUAUAAAGGAUAUAAAUCAUUCCAAGGAAGUUUACAAUGAAUUCAGAAAACUUGAUCAGCUGCUAAUGAAGAGCGCUCGAGGCAUAUUAUGUACAGAAGAAAAGAAGGCGAUGAGCUUAGUUAGAGAGAACCUCUGGCAUAUCAUGAACUCUCAGAAAGUGAAGAGGAAAGAAAGGAAAAGUGAUUGGCUGAAAUACUAUCUACACCACCUAGAGGAUCUGCAGGUUUCUGAUGAAGAACAAACCAAGAUUCUGGUGCUCCAGCUAUGGGCUACGCAGGGCAAUGCGGGUCCUGCUACAUUUUGGUUUCUACUCUUUCUGCUAAAGCAUCCUGAGGCCAUGGUAGCUGUUCAAGGUGAAUUAGAGAAGGUCUUCCAAGCACGAAGCAUGAAACAAAUGGAGGAUAUCAAUCAGGAGCUCCUGGACAAUGCAGUUAUCUUCAACAGCGCAUUGGCGGAGAGUCUGCGUCUGACAGCUGCCCCCUUCAUCACACGAGAGGUCCUGACGGACCAGCUUCUGAAGCUAGCAGAUGGCAGAGAGUACGUAUUGAGGAGUGGGGAUAGACUCUGUCUUUUCCCUUAUGUAAGUCCACAGAUGGAUCCAGAAGUACACCAAGAGCCCCAGGUCUACCAGUAUAACAGAUUCCUCAAUGGUAAUGGGACGCAGAAGAAUGAAUUCUACAAGGGAGGCAGGAGACUGAAGCAUUUUACUAUGCCAUGGGGGGCUGGCAAUAAUGUGUGUGUGGGGAGAUUUCAUGCAAUCAACAGCAUCAAACUGUUUGUCUGGUUCCUACUCCUAAAUUUUGAAUUUGAACUGAAAAAUCCCAAUGAGAAACUGCCUGACUUUGACCGAAGUCGAUAUGGAUUUGGAGUGGUACAGCCAGAGCACGAUAUUGUAUUUCGGUACAGGAGACGGCUACAUGUCAGCAUGUGAACAAAUCUUUAUCAACAAACAUGGCAUAACGAUGCACCAACUAUUACUUCCAGCUCUCACCCCUAACCAGCAAACCCUACUGGGACAUAAUAUUACCCACUCUAUAAAGGAGUCAGUCAAUGAAACAAAUGGAGACAUCUAUAAAGGGGGAAAAGCAUCAUAGGAAAAUGUCAGAAAAAUAUGGCAUAUAUUGAGGAUGAUCACUGUUAGACUGCAUGGAUAUUUAUUUAAACAUGGUCACUCCAAUACAGGGAAAUUUAAAAUCACUGUAGGAGUUUCUGUUUUCACUGACAACUUUAUGUACACUCUUUUAAUCAUAUAGUAGAGAUCCUUCUUUUAGAUGUGUAUGUUUCAGGACUGCUAAAUCCAGGAGAUGUGGCCACACAAAUAUGUGGUAAAAAAACAAACAAAUAAAAUACCAUGUGUGCCGCCGCAAAAUGAUGGUGUGCAUUGCAGAUGGGGGCAAUUGUACCACAUAGCUGGCCUGGGCCCCUCUCAGCACCCCUGGUAUGCUGUAGGGAUGGUCUGCAUAGAUUUCACAUAUGACACUAACCCCUGCAAUAGAAAUAUAGUAUUUGGCAGUAAGAGGAGUAAAAACAUGCAAUUGAUACUUUGUCAAUAAAAAUAAAUAAAAAUAAAACAUAAUAGAGAGGUCUUACAGAAAUGAGAGGCUGAAACUCCAUUGACAAUGUGGUGGGGUAUUUCCUUGUCCUCCAGCACAAACAGCACAUUACAUUAUGCACCUUAUAGUCAACAAGUUACUAAAAUGAAACAAAAAAGUUCAAAUAGCAUCUCACAGAAAGUAAUUUAUAUUUGCGGUGACAUUGUUGGCCAUAUCUAUUUGCAUGAAUCUGUAAUCUGUACAUUCUAUUGACUGCACUGCAUCAAUGUAAUAAUGACAAGAUCUGUACUGGGGAUCCGGUCUGAAGAUCGACAGUGUCUAG